AUGGCCUUUGAUAGCUAUGUUGCUAUCUGUAAACCUCUCCACUACAUGAUUAUUAUGAAUAGAACAAGAUGUAAUCUUCUUGUCUUAGCUGCUUGGGUUGGUGGGGCUGUCCACUCCUUUCCUCAAUUAUUUAUGGCAAUCCAGUUACCCUUUUGUGGUCCUAAUGAAACUGAUCACUAUUUUUGUGAUAUCUUCCCUCUGCUAAAGGUUGCCUGUACUGAUACCCACAUCACUGGUGUUCUUGUGCUUGUCAACUCAGGUAUGGUUGUCUUAGCCACCUUUGUUCUCUUGUUUGGGUCUUAUGUCGUUAUGUUAUUCACCUUAAGAAAUCACUCGGCUAAGGAAAGACGCAAAGCCUUGUCUACCUGUGGCUCCCAUAUCACUGUGGUGGUCUUAUUUUUUGCUCCUGCAAUCUUUGUCUACCUUAGACCUCCUACCACUUUUCCUGAAGAUAAAGUAUUUGCGCUGUUUUAUACCAUCUUUGCUCCAAUGUUCAACCCCUUAAUCUAUAUCCUGAGAAAUACAGAGAUGAAAAACGCCAUAAGAAAAGUUUGGUGUCAAGGUUAUUUUCAAAAGAAGCUCACAAUUAAUUGA